AUCCAUCUUUCCACACUACUCAUAAUAAGCUUAAAAAGAUGGCUUCAAAGGCGUUUAUUCUGACAGGCCUUUCUUUGACCCUUGUUCUCCUCGUCGCUUCCGAGGUCUCCGCUAGGGACCUAGCGGAGACUUCAACUAAAAAUGUAGCUGAGAAAGCGAAUGAGGAUCACAAACAUGUAGACGGCUAUGGAGGCGGCGGGCAUUACGGAGGAGGAGGAGGCGGGCCAUACGGCGGCGGAGGCGGGCAUUAUGGAGGAGGCGGGGGACAAUACGGAGGAGGAGGCGGACAAUACGGAGGCGGCGGUGGCCAUUACGGGGGAGGCGGCGGACAUGGAGGAGGCGGCGGCGGUCAUGGAGGAUGCAGAUAUGGAUGUUGCGGUUACGGAUGCGGGAGGUGCUGUUCUUACCAGGGGGAGGCUGCAGAUGAAGCGGCGGCUGGACAGCCAUAAUUAGUUAAAUAAUUAAUUAAAGCUUUUGAAUAAUUACAUAAUUAAUCAAAGCUUUUUAAUUAAUUAUUUAAUAUGGAUUCAUAUCUAUGUAUAUGGUCUGGCAUAUGAUAUGCUGCUAGUUGAGGAGUGUUGUGUGUGAUGAUUAACUAGCAAGCAGCAUGCCAAGUCCAUAUAUGAAUGGUGUGGGCCCGACCCGGUCCCUAAAUAUGGGCCACCGUACCCUUCUAUCUUCAAUAACGCAGUGAUGUUGUACGUACCUCUCUGCAGUAUAUAUUCGUGAUCAAUAAAAACAACCACUUGUUCCUACCAUUGAC